AUGUCCUUCAUACCAAAUUCGUCAAAUGAAAGUUAUUCCAACCAAACGAGUUCAAAUCCUUCUGGUAAUCAAGCGCAACAACAACAGCAGCAUCUGCUGCCUAUACAAAAUCAAUUACAACAGCAGCAAUCUUCUCAACUCGAUCAAACAACUACGAGAGUUCAAGAUCCUUCUUCAUAUUAUCAACUACAGCAACAACUAUCUAAUUAUCAACAACAAUCACAUCAUCAUUCACCGGUACAGAUACCGGUACUUCAACAACAGCAAUUGUACCCGGAUCCUUCAUUUAAUGCGAACCAAAUUCAACGACCGCAGUUUCAACAACCAGCUCCACAACAACAAGAUGGGCUCUCACAACCCCCUAUUCCACAACAACCACUACAUCAUCACUCCUAUUUUCAGCAAAUUAUUCAGCCCGAAGUUUCUAACUAUUCACAUGCUCAACCCAUAGUUCAAUCUCAAAGCCUAUCGAGUUUGGGUAUUCAGACAUCACAGCAACUGCAUAAUGCCAUUCAGGAUUCUAUUAAUUAUCAAGGUUCACCUCAAAGAAAUCUACCAAGUCAUUCUCAUUUACAAUCUCACCAAAUACAACUGCAACAACCGUUACACCCACAGCCUGUUCCUAUGUCUGGUUUAAGCGGAAUUCCGUCUUCACUUCAAUCAAUUUCUAAUAAUACUAGCAGUGUCGGGGCUACACAACCAUCAAUAAUCACUUAUAUUCAGGGUAGUGCGUAUCCUUCUCAGUCACAAAAUUCAAGCGCAUUCCAAAAUAAUACCCCUAGUUCUGAAAUAUUAGGCGGCGCACCUGGGGCUGUAUCAACGCCUACUUCCAAUCCUGGUAGCUCGGGAGCUGCCAAUAUGAAUACCAACCCUUCAGAUCCUUAUGGUUACCUAAAUUCAUCUAUUCCUCCUAUGGUAGGCAAUCCUAAUCCAUAUAAUAAUUAUAAUAAUCAAGCUAUGUAUUAUGGGGGGCUACAGAUGCAACAACAGCCUCAAAUAUUUGAUGUACAAUCAUCGCAAAACGUUUUGCAGCUGCAGCAAAUAUCAUCAGUUGUUGGUGGAAGUGCGAAUUCUGCUUCUCAUAUACCUAAUUUUAAUCCACUUGGACCCGGUAAUAGGACUCAUGCCCAACAACAAUUUCAACAACCGAUGGUAAAUCCAAUAUAUUCGACAAUGCCACCACCUCCAAUAAAGAAACCGAGAAAAAGGAGGCACACUGCUACUGUUCAUGAUAUGACUCCGGAAACUGCAGAAAGAAAUAGAUGCCGAAUAUGUAACAAACAAUUUAAGCGUCCAUCAAGUUUACAAACUCAUUAUUAUAGCCAUACAGGUGAAAAGAUAUUUAAAUGUCCUUGGCCUGAUUGCGGUAAAUUGUUCAGUGUAAAAUCAAAUAUGACAAGGCAUUAUCGAUUGCAUGAGAGAGAUGCUAAUAAAGAUCUAGGGCCUCAUAGAGAUGAUCAACAAGAUGGAUUCAAUCCUUCAUCAAGUUCCCUUGGCAGCAGUUCUACAACUACUAAUAGCGGUAUCGGAGAUACUGCCAAUUAA